AUGUCAUUUGAAACCAAUUUCAAUGGUGAAAAGAGCAUGCUAGUUUCAUUGAUUUUCCUUCUGGUUGUCAGUGGAUUUUCGACUGCUAAGCAAAUUGAUGUCAUUAAACUUCCGUUUGUGUUAACUGAAAAAGGCGAUAUGAUUCUGGAAGAUGAUGUAGAAAAAUUCUCUAUUGACUCACAACUUGUACUGACUCAUAAGGAUAGUAGAUGUACAACAAAGGUCAAUUUCUCAAGACCAACUGCUGAAGAGGUAGCUGCGAAAUCUGGUUACCGAACAAUGAUCGAAAAUUGCAAGGAUCUACCUGAGAGUGCGAAGAAAAGUAAAAAUGUGAAGAAGGAGUCAGGAAAACAGUAA